GCAAUGCGAAGGGUAGUAGUCACAGGCUUAGGGCUUGUCACACCCCUUGGGAUAGGUGUUCGCCGGACAUGGCAGCGUUUGAUAGAUGGCCAUUGCGGCGUCACGUCCAUCAAGGACAGGAGCCCUCAAUUUGCAGCAUUGCCAAGUCAAGUCGCAGCAGUUGUGCCCGAGGGGUUGAAAAAGCAUGGCAAAUGGAACGCUAAGGAGUACAUGGCUCCGGGUGUGCGUCUUCGCACCAUUGUUCGAACUUCGCGAGGUGCCGCUAAUGAGCUCAGGACGAACGCCGUAUGGCGAAGUUCGCACAGUAUGCUAUGGUCGCGUCGGAAGAAGCACUGAACGAUGCUGGAUGGGCGCCAACUCAGGAGGAAGAUCUUGAGGCCACAGGUGUCUACAUAGGCUCUGGCAUUGGCAGCCUCGACGAUGCAUACGACACAGCAGUGGCUUUUAACAAAGGCGGUCACCGAAAGGUAUCUCCGCUUUUCGUGCCACGCCUCCUCAUCAACCUUGCAGCGGGUCACGUAUCGAUGCGCUUUGGCUUCAAGGGGCCAAACCAUGCCGUGACUACAGCAUGCACGACAGGUGCCCACAGCAUCGGCGAUGCAUCACGCAUGAUUCAGCUAGGCGAUGCCGAUGUCAUGGUCGCGGGCGGCGCAGAAUCUUGCAUACACCCUCUGGCUGUAUCAGGUUUUGCAAGGGCAAGAAGUUUGGCAACAGAGUUCAACGAUCGUCCCACCGAAGCAAGUCGCCCGUUUGACAGAGACAGAGAUGGCUUCGUCAUCGGUGAAGGCGCCGGAGUCGUUGUCCUUGAAGAGCUCGAACAUGCCAAAGUUCGUGGUGCACGCAUCUACGCAGAAGUUGCUGGGUACGGCUUGUCCAGUGAUGCGUACCAUAUGACUGCACCCCGCGAGGAUGGUCAAGGUCCACGAUUGGCGAUGAAGAAGGCGCUCAAGCACGCUGGGCUGCAGCCGGGAUCCGUUGAUUACAUCAACGCUCAUGCUACAAGUACGCCGCUUGGCGAUGCAGCAGAGAACAGAGCGAUCAAGGACUUGCUGCUCGGUGAGGAAGGCAAAGCUCGCGCUUCGGAGAUAAACGUGAGUAGCACAAAGGGUGCUGUAGGUCACCUUCUUGGGGCCGCAGGUAGCGUUGAAGCAAUCUUUACUAUCCUUGGCUUGCACAAUAACAUCCUGCCACCGACAUUGAAUCUGCAUCAUCCAGGGGAUCCAGCGGACGACUUCAACUGCAACUACAUUGCACAUUCGGCACAACAGCACAAUAUCGAUGUUGCGAUGUCGAACAGUUUCGGUUUCGGAGGGACCAAUGCGUCGCUUUGUUUUCGCAAAAUGCAAUAGGACGAGACAUGUGUAAGCACACCAAACGUCUCUCUCAUCUAAUUAACUUGGCUCAAG